AUGUCAAGCCCAUUUGAAAUUUCUUAUAAUGAAACCCAAGUGCCGAUGGAUGGAUUGUCUUGUGAUGAGGUCCAAGAACUAGUAGAUGAGUUAUCAUGUGAUGAAACUCAAGAGCCGGCCUGCUCAGAUGAAUUUGAUAAUGGUGAAUCAUCAUCUGUAGAAGAUAAAUGCACAAG